AUGGACCUGUCACGUUCUGCCGUCCUCCUCCUCCUCCUCCUCCUCGCCGUCUGCUUCCCGUGCUCGUCCGCCGAGGAUCAGCUGGCCGUCGGUGAGAAGCUGCUCGCCGAGCAGACCCUGGUGUCCGACGGCGGCGCCUUCACCCUCGGCUUCUUCUCUCCGGACGACGACGACCCAGCCAGACGCUAUCUUGGGAUAUGGUACAGCAACCCCGGGCACCGCACCGUGGUCUGGGUCGCCAACCGGGACGCCCCGGCCGCCGGCGCCCCCACGCUCGCGCUGGCCAACGACUCCAGCCUCGUCAUGUCCGACGCCGACGGCCGCGUGCUCUGGAACACGACCGGCGUCGGCAGCUCGUCCUCGCAGACGGCGCCAGCCGAGCUCGGGAACGACGGCAACCUGCUCAUCCAGCUCCCGGACGGCACGGUUGGGUGGCAGAGCUUCGACCACCCGACGGACACGUUCCUGCCGGGGAUGAAGGUGCGGGUCAGCCACCGGACCGGGAAGGGCGACCGGAUCGUGUCCUGGAGAUCCCCCGAUGACCCGGCGCCGGGGCGCUUCUCCUACGGCCUGGACCCCGGCACGUCGCUGCAGCUGCUCAUGUGGAACGGCACGCGCCCCUACUGGCGCAGCCCCGUCUGGAAGGGGUACGCCGUCGCCACCAUGUACGUCAGCGCCGGCACGGUGAUCUACACGGCGAUAGUCGACACGGACGAGGAGAUCUCCUUGGCCUUCUCCGUCUCCGGCGGCGCCGCGCCCACGCGGUACGUGGUGACCAGCUCCGGCAAGUUCCAGCUGCUCAUCUGGAACGGCACCAGGUCGGCCUGGGCCACGCUCCAGUCGUGGCCCUCCAGCGAAUGCACCACGUACAGGCACUGCGGCGCGUACGCCUACUGCGACACCACGGCGGCGCCGGCGACGUGCAGGUGCCUCGACGGCUUCGAGCCUGCUAAACCGGCAGAGUGGACCUCCGGCAGGUUCGGGCAGGGUUGCCGACGGAAGGAGGCGCUGCCGCCGUGCGGCGGCGGAGGCGGCGGCAAUGGGGUGGGUUUCAUAGCCAUGCCCAGCAUGAAGGUGCCGGACAAGUUCUCGCUGGACGCUGGCAACCGGAGCGCGGAGGAGUGCGCGGCGAGGUGCGCCGGCAACUGCUCGUGCGUGGCGUACGCGUACGCCAACCUGCAGAGCAGCAGCGCCAAGGGGGACGUGAGCCGGUGCAUCGUGUGGGCAGGGGAGCUCGUGGACGCGCAGAUGAUCGACCCGCGCUGGGGCGGCGAGACCCUCUACCUCCGCGUGCCCGCCGCUGCCGCUUCCACUUCCCCAGGUGGAAAGGCCAGCAGAAAUGCAGUGAAAAUAGCAGUGCCGGUGGUAGCAUCUGCCCUGCUGCUCACAUGCAUUUUCUUUGUAUGGUUCUGCAGAUACAGAGACAAGAGAAGGAAAACCGAGAGCCAGAAGAAGCUAAUGCCCGGGAUCAGGACCGGGACCACAAACACGUCGAGCGAGAUCGGAGAAGGAGAUCGCACCGGAGACCUUGAGUUCCCCUCCAUAGGAUUCGGCGACAUCGUCGCCGCCACGGACAACUUCUCCAAGACACUCAUGAUCGGCCGCGGAGGCUUCGGCAAGGUCUACAAGGGAACAUUAGACGGUGGUCAUGUGGUAGCAGUGAAGAGGCUGAGCAAGGAUUCGGAUCAGGGAGCAGAGGAGUUCAAGAACGAGGCGAUCCUGAUCGCCAAGCUGCAGCACCGGAACCUGGUGCGCCUCCUCGGCUGCUGCACCGAGGGGGGCGAGAAGCUGCUCAUCUACGAGUACCUGCCCAACAAGGGCCUCGACGCCAUCCUCUUCGACAGUGGGAGGAAGUCGGUGUUGGACUGGCCGACGCGGCUGGGGAUCAUCAAGGGGGUGGCCAGGGGGCUGCUCUACCUCCACCAGGACUCCAGGCUGACUGUGAUACACAGGGACCUCAAGGCCAGCAACGUGCUGCUGGACGCCGAGAUGCGGCCCAAGAUCGCCGACUUUGGCAUGGCCAAGAUCUUUGGUGACAACCAGGUGAAAGCCAACACCCGGAAAGUCGUCGGAACAUAUGGCUACAUUGCUCCCGAGUACUCGACGGAGGGCGUCUUCUCAGACAAGUCCGACGUGUACAGCUUCGGCGUGCUGCUCCUGGAGAUCGUGAGCGGUAUCAGGGUAAGCGCGACCGAGGGCAUCAUGGAGUUUCCAAGCCUGAUAUCCUAUGCAUGGCACCUGUGGAGAGAAGGGAAGGCAGGCAAGCUGGUGGAUCCAUCCAUGGCAGGGAGCUGUUCACAGGAUGAGGCUUCGCUGUGCAUCCACGUCGGGCUCCUGUGCGUCGAGGACGACCCGAGCAGGAGGCCGCUCAUGUCCUCCGUUGUGUCCAUCUUGGAGAACGGGAGUGCGUCGGCGUUGUCCCUGCCGACGCCGGUGCAGCCUGCUUUUGUCGAAAUGAUGGGAGAGAAGAGCCAGAGAAGCGACCUCGAGAACACCAGGAACACAAUGGCCAUGACCGUUCUGCAAGGUCGGUAGUACGGUAGUUACUGCAACUUUCUUCAGAAGGAAGCUGCACUAGUCCUAGUGUUCCAUAUGAUUUACUGAGGAAAAACCCAAAUUUGUAGAGCAUUCGUUACAGAUCUAAACGAAAGACGCAUUUCAGGAGUGUUGAGUUGAUCAGCCUUGAAAUGGAUGGUAUGAUUGUCUUGCUGAGAUUGAAACGUUUAACA